GGGACCACCAUCCAUGGCUUUGCUGGGAGAGCAGCAUUCUGGCCAGCAGGAUUGCAGAAAGCACAGCAUCUUGGCACAGGGGACGCAAACUUCGCCAGUGCCUUCAGCAGUCUGUUAUUAGGGUGUGACGGGCACUGUGCAAGAAAGUACUUGGAUUUUAAAGGACUUUUGCUUUGAAGAUGUGGGUGAGAGAUUAUAAAUUGAUUUAUUUUGCAACACUGGCUUUGAUUGUCAGUGUUUGCAUCUCAGAUGCAAAGAAGGAAAGGACCGGGCAUAAAGGUCAAGACCCGAAUGCCAACAAGAAGACACCUUCAGGUGUGGAAGAGGGCAGCUUUAAUCAAGAUGAUUCACACAAAGCCAUGCAACAAGAGAAAGUGUUCCCUUUGGAAGUCAAUACGCAUAAAGACGGAGGACCCGUGUACACACAAACUUCUGCAAGUCCUUUGCAGUUCACAAAUAUGCCCAAUGGAAAUGGAAGCAACGACACCACUGCAAUUCCCAAUGGCAAUCCAACAAAAAAGAGCAUGACAAAAAUCCACAAUCCUUUAUAUCCUAUCAAUGACAGCUCGUAUAGUGCCUAUGGGAUUCUGUUUUUGGCUUUUGUGGUGUUUGCCCUUGGCAUUGUGGGUAAUUUGGCGGUAAUGUGCAUUGUGUGGCAAAAUUAUUUCAUGAGAAGUGCAUGGAAUUAUUUUCUUGCCAGUCUGGCGUUCUGGGAUUUCAUGGUGUUGUGCUUCUGUCUGCCUGUGGUGGUCUUUAAUGAACUUACCAAUAAGAGACUUCUGGGGGAUUUUUCCUGCAGAGUUGUGCCUUACAUUGAGGUAACUUCACUUGGUGUGAGCACCUUCAGUCUGUGUGCUCUGGGUAUUGACCGCUUCCAUGCUGCGACAAGUUCCCUACCGAAGGCCCGACGGCUUGAGCGCUGUCAGAAAGUCUUGGCCAAGCUUUCUGUUGUGUGGAUCGGUUCAAUGGUGCUCGCAGCACCAGAGCUGCUCCUGUGGCAGCUUAAUUCGGUGACAUCAACAGCUGGAGGGGACCAGGUGGACACCUGCAUCAUGAGCCCAUAUCCAGACCUCCCCGAAUCCAUCUAUUCACUGGUUAUCAACUACCACGACGGACGCAUGUGGUGGUACUUUGGCUUUUACUUCUGUCUGCCCGUUGUCUUCACCCUCCUCUGUCAGCUGGCCACCUGCAACGUAUCCGGUGAGACCGGAAGUUCUCCCAAACUUGCAGAGGACAGAUCUCCAUCCAAAAAACAGAAGAUUCAGCACGCUCUGCAGAUCGAGCGCCACCUCAACUGCACCGUGAUGGCCCUAGCAGUGGUUUAUGGAGUUUGCACGCUACCGGAGAACGUUUGCAACCUGACCCUGGCCUACGCUCCCAUCAAGGUAUCCGAGGAGGUGUCUUCUCUGUUGUCCCUCAUAAACCAGUUUUUCUUGUUCUUCAAGGCUUCCGUCACGCCUGUGUUGCUGCUUUGCCUGUGUAAGUCGCUUGGACAGGCCUUCAUGGACUGUUGCUGCUGUUGUUGUGAGGAGUGCCAACCGAGCAACUCUUCAUCCACCCAAAAUCUCACCGAAGGCAAGCUCAAGACCAGCGAUGUGUCCGCCAUUUUUUUUGACAAAGCCAAGGACAGUUCAACCAUCUUGUCUAUUGGGAGCUGAGUGGGUGGAUGUUGCCCCUGUGUGAUGAGGUCAUGAGAUGACAUGGAACACUCUUUAAAGUCAAGGUGCUUCAUAAUGGCAUGCACUCUAAAAAAU